AUGAGUUUUGUUAUUUUAUGUACUGAGGGUUUUUGGCAGAUAAGUAAUGGGAUUAACACCUACAUUAGACCGAAGUUUAACAACUUGGGUUUACUGCUUCCGCCAUAUUUUGAUUGUCGAAUAUUGUUUGAUUUGGUCAAAAAUGAAACAGAUGUUGAUCAACUCAGAAAUGUAAUUUCUAAAAUGAAGGAGAUUGUGCAUUUGUAUUUAGAGGUGUUUCAGGGAUUGAUCGAACAGACAGAAGCAGUUGAGAAAGUUGUACCAUACAAUGUUGAAAAUAUUGUAUAUGAUAAUGUUGAAGAGUGUCCAGAAGAAGAAACUGUGGCAUUGAAUACGGUUAAAGAAAAAAAUUAUAUGAGUUUGGAAGAGUGA